UGUAGGCCUAUAUCGUUUACAGUUAGCCUAAGGAAAAAUCGCCUUUUCUAACAAAAUCGCACUUAUCUGUGUAAAAAAAUCUUGUCUUGUCAAAAUGUUUAAUGUAAUCUGUCCCCGCCCUCUAGCCUAUCACUGAUCACUGCCCCGCCCCAAACAAUACAUUUAUAUCACACACGCACACACGUACACAAACGUAAACACAAAUUCACAGGCGCGCGCGCGCGCACACACACACACACACACACACACACACACACACACACACACACACACAGUGCAUCUUAUUUAAGGACAAUCAAACACUAAAAAAAAUAAUUAGUUAAAACUCUUUAAGUGUGAAGCUUUAAAAUGAUAAAAUCGCAAUUUCCAAAUUAAACCAAAUGAAUUAUUCUCACAUAGCUCUCUAUUGUAGAAACAGUUAUAUCUAUUUCUGACCUUUAAUAAAAAAAAAAUAAAAAAACUCUUACACUUCUGAUAGGCUACUCAGUGUUUUUUACAAGACAAGUUAAAUAUUUAAAAAUAUUUAUUUAAAAAAAUAUUUAACCUAAACUAAUUUUGAUCCCGUUUCACUGUAUUUGUCAAAACUCCUCCUAUAUAAAUGGGGAAAUAAAAGUAAUGAAAAUGUCAAUACCAUAAAAUAUUGGUCCUUCACGCAGCACGAAUCUGAAGUUUUUGAGGGGAGAGUGACAGCUCUUUGUUGGUGAAUAGAAAUCAGUGGCGAGAGAGUGAGGGAGAGGGAGGGAGGGAGAGAGAGGGAGAGGGGAACUCCUCCUACCAAAUUAUUCAGACUGGGCAGGCUUUGCGGGCUCUUCACAAAUAGGACACGGUUCUCAAAUCCAGGCAGUCCCAACCUGACCUCCGAGCAACAAGGAACCCUGACUGGGAAAACCGGGAGAGAGAAAUUACUUAAAAAAACAACAACAAAAACUUUGUGUCAUUAUUUUUGGCGAGUGUUUACACUGUAGCCCCCUCCCCUCCUCCCUCCCCAACACCACUACUUCUUCCACACCGGUUUGUCGCAUCAUUUGGACUAUAUAUUUUUCCUGGAGGAGAGGCAUUCACGAGCAGAAGGAAAAGCUAGUGCAUUUCCACUAGCACCACUCCUCCUGUUCCACCCAUGUUGUAGCUUUUCUUCGUUUUUCUUUUCUUCCAGUUGCCUUUGCACAGUGUGGAGGAGCUGAUCUGAGUCUCUGGGGUCGAGUUGGUGUUGUGUUGCCUCCUUAAGAGCCCGUUUGGAUGCGCUGAGAGAGCGGGGCGCAGCGCUGCAGUACAGUUUAUGGAAGUUGUGGGCUGCAAGACAGAGGCAGGCAGUUGUACGUUGCGUCCAGGAGCCAUGCUUUUCCACGGGAUCUCCGGGGAUCACAUCCAAGGGAUCAUGGAGGAGAUGGAGAGGAGGUCAAAGACGGAGUCGCGCCUGGCGAAGGGCAUGCAGUUGAACGGGAGAGAGUCGACCAUGCCUUCCAUGAGCCCGGAGAAGCCUGCUCUGUGUGCCGGCUGUGGUGGAAAGAUUUCGGACAGAUACUACCUCCUGGCCGUGGACAAACAGUGGCACCUGCGGUGUCUUAAAUGCUGUGAAUGUAAACUCGCGCUGGAGUCGGAGCUAACGUGUUUUGCCAAGGAUGGGAGUAUCUAUUGCAAGGAGGAUUACUACAGGUUCUCCGUGCAGAGGUGCGCGCGCUGCCACCUCGGGAUAUCGGCCUCGGAGAUGGUGAUGCGCGCGCGAGAUUCUGUGUACCAUCUGAGCUGCUUCACGUGCACCACCUGCAACAAGACGCUGACUACGGGCGACCACUUCGGGAUGAAGGACAGCCUGGUGUACUGCCGGCUCCACUUCGAGACCCUGGUGCAGGGACCGGACUACCACCCCCAGCUUAACUUCGCCGAGCUGGCAGCAAAGGGCGGCGGCCUCACCCUUCCCUACUUCAACGGUACCGGGACGGCACAGAAAGGAAGGCCGCGGAAGAGGAAGAGCCCGGCCAUGGGGAUAGAUAUACCGAGCUACACAGGCUGUAACGAGAAUGACACGGAUCACUUGGACCGGGACCAGCAGGCCUACCCUCCAUCACAGAAGACCAAACGCAUGCGGACCUCCUUCAAGCACCAUCAGCUGCGGACAAUGAAAUCCUACUUUGCCAUCAACCACAACCCAGAUGCCAAGGACUUAAAGCAGCUGGCCCAGAAAACAGGCCUGACUAAGAGAGUUCUACAGGUUUGGUUCCAAAACGCAAGAGCCAAAUUCAGAAGGAACGUUUUGCGACAGGAGAAUGGAGGUGUUGAUAAGGCUGAUGGCACCUCACUCCCUCCACCCUCAUCUGACAGUGGGGCCCUGAGCCCCCCCUCCAGCGCGGCCACACUAACAGACCUGACAAACCCCUCUAUCACUGUAGUGACCUCCGUCACCUCUAGUUUGGACAGCCAUGAUUCGGGGAGCCCUUCACAAACUACCUUGACAAACCUUUUCUAACAAUCUAGAAGACUGAUUUUUUUAUCUGAUUUAUUUGUUUUCUUUUUUUUCUUUUUCUUUUGCCAAUCUACAUUUUAUUUUUUUAAGUGACACCUUUAAAUCUACCAGAGACAGCUCCUUGGAACAGAAAGUGCUGUACUGUGUACACAAACAAGAACAACAAGAGCAAGAACAGCAGCGACCACAUUAAAACACAUGGAAAUCAUUUUAAUGUGUAGCAUCUGAAACCACAUGGCAGCCGUGUCUGUAGAUGAGUUACAGUUUGCAGAGAUUGAUUCUGAAUGGGACAUUUUGAAGUCGAACGGAUUUAAAAAAUGUCAUGGAUUCCACAAACAAUUCAUCUGAAAAAAAACAACUUAACUUGCAGCUUGUCUGGAAAGCUAGAUUAAAUAUUUGAUUUGACUUUAUUUGUACAUUUGUAUGGAAUUAUGAUAAAACAAGUCCUCCUUAAUUUAUGGGUAAUUGGUAAUUUAAAAAAUAACUUGAAUAUUUUGCCCUCAAAAACUUGUAUAUGUAUGCACUGUGUUCGCACUAUCAAAUUUGAAGAUUUUGUUUGGUCUCUGUUUGGAAAUAAUUUGGUCAAUAAUUUUACAGAAUGUUCUGUAUUUGGGUAACUCCAGAAAACAGGCUUAAUAACUUCCGAAUGUUUUGGUCGUUAAGACCGAGUUGGAUGGAAUCAGGCAUUAUAAUAUCUCACAGAUGGAACGCUGGAACGCGUCUAAAUUUCAAUUCUAACAUCUAACCAUCGUAGCUUAUAUGGCAGGUUGAUGCUAACUCCAUACAUUUUGUCUUGGUUAAUAUAUCUACUGUGAUUCAGAUGAAAAAAACAAGCAAAUCACACAUUCUUUACAGUGGUGACUGCUCAACAUGUAAUGCAGUCACAUUGAUAGAAAUGAUCAGAAGAGAAAUUUGGAUUGGAAAACAGUUGUCAUGGAUUGUUUUCAUGACAGAGCACUUUCUCAGAUUUGUUGGCCUCAUAGAUUAACCGUAGUCAAAUGGAUAAACCUUAGCAAACAUAUCCAUAAACCCACAGCUAAACCCAAUUGCACAGUGACAAUAUACUGCCCAGUGAAAAGUGCAUUAUUGUUUAUAUCAUGUUGCUCAGGGUAACAAUGUGAUUUUAAAAGGGAAAGGAGGAGGGUUUAGUAAUGAAAUGGUUUGCGACGUUGCAGAUUAGAUUUGUAGAGCUGACAUGAACAUUCAAAUGACCUCAGAAAGGCGGAGUUGUACGAUGAGAGGCAGCCAGUGGGAAAAUCAUUGUCCAUGUGUUCUCCGUUUUGGCCAUAUUUAUACUUUCUUUAAUGACACUUGCCACUGAACAGACCAAAAACAUGUUUCUUCUGGCUGAAUGAUAGAGAGAAAAGAAAGACAUCUUCAAUGGAGUUGAUACAUUUCAUUAUGAGCGUCACAAUUUGUUCUAUUGUAGAACAAAGUGGUUCUCUAAAUCUACUUAUUGAAGUAGAUGCCUAACUCAGUUCUACUAUGUGCCUUAUGCUAUAACUUGGGAGAAAGUUUGUGAAAUUCAGGAUCUAUGUGUUCUUUGUUAACUGAUUCACAUCCUUUUGACGCCUCACUAGUUUUGUACUGUUUUGCAUCUUAUUUCCGAAGAUCUUUUUAUGGUGUAUCCUGUUAAAAAGGGGGCAGCGAUGUCAUAGAAAGCAUUUGUGCACUCUUUCAGAUAUAGUUGGGUAAUCCAAGAACCUUAUAUAUUGAUCUUCGUGUUAAUAGUUGAGUACAGUAAGUGUUCUAUCAAGAUUGUCCAUGUUUCCCUGUUUCUUGAUAAAGAUGGUGUAUAGAAACUAUUUCCCCUUAAAUAUUUAUGGACCAAACGGUUGUUAUAUAUCUUAUUAAAUUUGUGUGAAUAAAAAUACUUUGCUUUAAA